UUAUACUUCUGCGUUUCUAUUUAAUAGUUAGAAGUUGUAGCUUUCAAAUUCUAGAGAGCGUGAGAAAAUUGCAACCAAGAAUGGGAACUUUACUGGGUGACCUUUCCAUGGUGACGAAACUCACAUCCAUGUGGAAAGAGAGAUUAAGUGAAUGGUCUGUCGGCAGCGGAUCGCUUAGGGAAACGGCGCCACAGGAGUAUGAAGAGGCGGCUUCCAUGGCAGUUUUCCGCAUAGUUGGGAUGACUUGCUCUGCUUGUGCUGGAUCUGUCGAGAGAGCUAUCAAGCGGCUCCCGGGGAUUCACGAGGCAGUCGUCGACGCGCUGAACAAUCGGGCUCACAUCCUGUUUUACCCAGGCGUUGUCAAUGAGGAGAAAAUUCGUGAGACUAUUGAAGAUAUUGGAUUUGAAGCAUCGUUGAUAGAAAAUGAGAGGACCAACCAAGCAUGCAGAAUAAGGAUAAAUGGUAUGACUUGUACCUCAUGUUCUUCGACCGUCGAAAGAGCUCUGAAAUCAGUUAAUGGUGUAGAAAGAGCUCAUGUCGCCUUAGCCAUAGAAGAAGCUGAAAUUCAUUAUGAUCCCAGUCUUGUGAGCUCUGAGAAACUACUGGAAGCCAUUGAAAAUGCUGGAUUUGAAGCCAUACUUAUAAGUACACGUACGGGUGAGGAUGUGAGCAAGAUCACUUUAAAGAUUGAUGGUGAGUUUACUGAUGAAUCCAUUACAAUAAUUGAAAGAUCUCUUGAAGCAAUUCAUGGGGUCCAAAAAGUUGAGAUCAACCCUGGAAAUGAUAAGAUAUCUGUACUGUACAACCCUGAUGUGACGGGACCAAGGAACUUCAUUCGGGUGAUAGAGUCAACAGUGUUUGCUGGUCACAUUAAGGCAACAAUAUUCACAGAAGGAGGGGUAGGCAGAGACUCUCAGAACCAAGGGGAGAUUAAGCAGUACUGCAAGUCUUUUCUUUGGAGCUUGGUGUUCACAGCACCGGUGUUCUUGACAGCCAUGGUCUUUAUGUAUAUCCCUGGAGUUAAAAACAUGCUGAUGUUUAAGGUUGUUAAUAUGCUCAAUGUUGGAGAAAUCAUAAGGUGGGUUUUGGCUACCCCUGUCCAGUUUUUCAUAGGUUGGAGAUUUUAUAUUGGCUCUUACAAAGCGUUACGACGGGGAUCAGCUAACAUGGAUGUUCUGGUCGCCUUGGGAACAAACGCAGCCUACUUCUAUUCAUUGUAUACAGUUCUGAGAGCUGCAACAUCUCCGGAUUUCAUGGGAGUUGAUUUCUUUGAGACCAGUGCCAUGCUCAUCUCAUUUAUCAUCCUUGGAAAAUAUUUGGAGGUUCUUGCUAGAGGAAAAACAUCUGAAGCUAUUGCAAAGCUUAUGAACUUGGCGCCCGAAACUGCGAUGUUGUUGAAUCUGGACAAUGAAGGACAUGUGACUGGGGAAGAAGAGAUUGAUGGUCGACUGAUACAGAAGAAUGACAUAAUCAAAAUAAUUCCUGGUGCUAAAGUAGCUUCAGAUGGUUAUGUCAUAUGGGGACAAAGCCAUGUGAACGAAAGUAUGAUAACUGGAGAGGCAAGGCCAGUGGCGAAGAGGAAAGGUGAUACAGUUAUAGGAGGAACUUUGAAUGAGAACGGAGUUCUACAUGUUAAGGUCACAAGGGUUGGUUCAGAGAGUGCUCUUGCGCAGAUUGUUGGACUUGUUGAGUCCGCACAGCUGGCCAAAGCUCCAGUACAGAAGUUAGCUGAUCAGAUUUCUAAGUUCUUUGUUCCUCUGGUAAUUUUUGUGUCGCUCUCAACUUGGCUUGCCUGGUUUAUAGCUGGGAAAUUGCAUUGGUACCCUGAAUCAUGGAUACCUUCUUCAAUGGUUAGCUUCGAGCUAGCUCUUCAGUUUGGGAUCUCUGUCAUGGUCAUAGCUUGUCCAUGUGCUCUAGGGUUAGCUACUCCCACGGCUGUUAUGGUUGGUACUGGGGUUGGUGCAUCCCAAGGUGUGCUGAUAAAAGGUGGUCUCGCCUUAGAAAGAGCACACAAGGUUACUUGCAUUGUCUUUGACAAGACAGGAACACUCACAAUGGGGAAGCCUGUGGUUGUUAAAACGAAAAUCCUAAACAGUAUGGUCAUUGGAGACUUCUACGAAAUUGUUGCUGCAACUGAGGUAAACAGUGAGCACCCAUUAGCAAAGGCCAUUGUUGAGUAUGCGAAGAUAUUCAAAGAUGAGCAAGAGAAUCAUGCAUGGCCUGAAGCUCGUGAUUUUGUCUCCAUCACAGGAAAAGGUGUGAAAGCGACGGUGAGAGGAAUAAAGGUUAUGGUGGGAAACAAGAAACUCAUGUGUGAUCAUGGAGUUAGCAUUCCAGAUGAUGCUCAAGAGUUGCUAGCAGAAGCGGAAGAGAUGGCCCAGACCGGUAUUCUUGUCUCCAUAAACGGUGAAUUGGCUGGAUUUGUAGCUGUUUCAGAUCCGCUAAAACCGAUUGCUGGAGAAGCCAUCUCCAUUCUAAAAUCCAUGAACAUCGUAAGCAUCAUGGUUACUGGUGACAACUGGGGAACUGCUAAUUCCAUUGCUAGAGAAGUCGGUAUCGACUCUGUUUUCGCGGAAGCUAAACCCGAGCAAAAAGCAGAGAAAGUCAAAGAAUUACAGGCUAUGGGUCAUGUUGUGGCAAUGGUGGGUGACGGAAUCAAUGACUCACCCGCUCUCGUGGCAGCAGAUGUAGGAAUGGCAAUUGGUGCAGGAACGGACAUUGCCAUAGAAGCAGCUGACAUCGUUCUGAUGAAAAGCAACUUAGAAGAUGUGAUCACAGCCAUUGAUCUUUCAAGGAAAACCUUCUCAAGAAUCCGUCUCAACUAUGUUUGGGCUCUCGGUUAUAACCUCAUGGGAAUACCGAUCGCUGCAGGAGUGCUUUUCCCGUACACACGUUUCAGGUUGCCUCCAUGGAUUGCAGGUGCUGCAAUGGCGGCUUCUUCUGUUAGUGUUGUAUGUUGCUCUCUCUUGUUGAAGAAUUACAAGCGCCCUAAGAAGCUUGAUAAUCUGGAGAUCCGUGAGAUUCAGGUGGAGCGAGUUUAAAAAAAAAACAAACACAACCGACCUAAGCGUAUUGCAACAUUGUAAUAAUAAUGGAGAUUAUGUAAUAAUUGAAUUUUCAAAAAAAAAAGAAGUAAUAUUGGAGAUUUGUGUA